UUCUACUGUCAGUCGUCACGCGUCAGUCUAAAUGUCAUUUUUGAUAACCUAACUAAAUUAUAUUAAGUUACAGAAAAAUAUUAAUUUUCUAGUUUUAAUAAUGUUUUACUUUAGUAUGUAAAUAUGUCAGAACUUGAAUUGCAAGAGGAGGAAAGAGAGGCCUUGUUGUCUAUUUAUGAUGGAGAUGAAUUAUUUAAGCAAAUUGAUAAUUGCUCAUAUCAGUAUAAAUAUGGAGAAAACGACUCAAAUAAGUCCUUCGUACUAGAGAUUAAAUGGGUUGAGAAAUAUCCAAAUGAAGUACCAGUCAUGAAUAUGGAUACUUUUUAUAACAAACACAUUGUAGCAAGUUUAAAGCAAAAAAUAAUCGAUAUACUAACAAGCGAGGCUGAACAAUAUUUAGGAAUGUCCAUGACUUACUCAUUAUUUGAGUUUUUAAAAGAGAAAUUUGAAGAUCUAAUUGAAGAGCAACCAGAUGAGCCUGAAAAAUUGGAAGUAGAAAAGUUAUGUAUUACCGAAAAUGAUCAACAGGAAAAACAGUUGAAAGAAAAAAAGGAACAGUUAACAAAAUCUCAAAAAAGAAGGCAAUGGAAUAGGGUUGAUGCCAAAGGGGAGAAACCAAGAGGCUGGAAUUGGGUAGACAUAGUUAAACAUUUGUCACAAACUGGAUCAAAGGAAGAACAACCAAUUUCAUAAACUGUUAUAAAUAUCUUUUACAUUUGUUAUGUAAAUAAUAUAAAAUUUCCUUCUGUAUUACUUUCCUAUCAUUUGUUUCAAAUAGAUUAUGAACCCACUAUUAUUCCUAAUAGUAUUUUAUUCUGUAAAGGUUCAUAUUAGAAAUAUUCAUUUUCUAGCCAUGACAACCCAGACAACACACCAAAUCCCAAAGAUAUCCACAGAAUAUCUUUUGUGGAUAUCCAAUAUAUCCACAGGAUAUCAGAAAUAUUCCGUAGAUCUAAUAUGGAUAUCCAAAUGUCCGUCUAUAUCCAGAAUAUAGAAGAUAUCCUAUGGAUAUUAAGCAAAAUAUCUAAUUAGUAUCUUCCAGACAAUACAAGAAAUCCCAGAGAUAUCCACAGAAUAUAUUUUGUGGAUAUCCAAAUAUGGAUAUCCAACCAAAUGUCCGUCUAUAUCCCAGGAUAUAGAAUUCAGAUAUUCAGCAAAAUAUUUUAUAGGUAUCUUUAGUACACAUUCAUAAGUACCCAAAUGAUUAUUGAAUAACGUCGAAAGAAAAUAGAGAUAAAAAAUAUUUCCAACAAUCUGCCUUUGAGUUUGCCCACUAAGAAAAAAGUAAUCCUUAUUAGGACUCUUCAGCAAUAAA